UAUGACNCAUGUAGAAAGAAAGGUGGACAUUGUCCUCAAGGUGCAAGGUCCAUAUCGUUUAGCUGGUGCAGUAAUGUUCUACUAAGUGGUCUAACGUCGUUCAAUAGCCAAAAUAUGCACGUCACGGUUCAUCAUUCCUCUAAUGUUCGGAUUCAAAACAUAAGAAUAAGAGCUCCAAGUGGAAGCCCUAACACCGACGGUAUUCACAUCCAAUCUUCUUCUGGAGUCACUAUUACUGGCGGAACCAUUGCGACCGGUGAUGACUGCAUUGCUCUUAGUCAAGGAUCUAGGAACAUUUGGAUCGAACGGGUGAACUGUGGACCUGGACAUGGAAUCAGCAUUGGGAGUCUUGGGGAUUACGCUAAUGAGGAAGGUGUGCAGAAUGUAACCGUAACGAGCUCUGUUUUCACCAAGACGCAGAACGGAGUAAGAAUAAAGACUUGGGCUAGGCCGAGCAGAGGGUUUGUGAGGAAUGUUGUAUUUCGGAAUUUGAUAAUGAGGAAUGUUGGUAAUCCGGUGAUUAUCGAUCAGAACUAUUGUCCUAAUGGAAGAGGAUGUCCUCGUCAGGUGAAUAAUCUAGUCGAUUUAGCUUAA